AUGAACAUGGAUCCUGAUUCAGCACCGCCAUUACCACCACCCAAAGACGAGAAUUCCGAACAAGAGCACACCAUUGCUUUUCCCGAAAUCGCCCAUCACGCAGUCUCGAGACCAGAGCACAAAGUCCCACCAACACCACCAUCGAAAACAUCUUCGCCUUCGCCAGGCCCAUCGCCAGCACUCAAGCCUGUGACUUAUUCUGCAUUCCCACAAUCGCGAAAUGGCAGCCCCGCUCCCGGAUCGUCGAGACAUGGGACGCCAACACCCGAGCCAACCGGAGCUGCACAGUUCAUAGCGAAUCUGUCCGAAAAACAACGAGCACACCUGCAGUUCGCAGUGCCCAAAGCAGAAUCAGAUCGCCUUUCGCAUUUCUUGGAAGAACCACCUCGAAAAACUCCAGUACCCGACCGAUUUACUUUCGAAGCUCUCGACUCCGAAGCACGGAGUGGACGAGAGCUUAAUUCAAAAGUCCGCCGAGGCGACACGAAGAAGAGCUUAUACAGUUACAAGAGCACUAAAAGUAAUGGAAAUAGAAGUAAUAGAAGCAGCAAGAGCAGCAGAAGCGCAUCUGGUAGCCGAAAUGGCCGCGACGAGAGCAGGAGCGCGGGAAGAAGAACGCCAGGGACGCCAAGUACCAGCCGAGGCGUGAGCUUCGAAAGCAUCCCGAAGAGCAGACCGCAGUUGAAGAAGGAGGUCCGCCAUUUCAAAGGAGUUGCGCUGGAGGUUGAUUGGCGAUUCUAUGCCACCGGCAUUUGUUUGGCGUUGGUCAACCUCGUGAUGGCGUGGGAUGCAACUGCGAUUUCGAUUGCUUUGCCGACGAUCGCAGUCGCACUCCACGGACCGUCUGUAAACACGUUCUGGUUGGGCAUCUCCUUUCUGGUAGCGGCUACAGCCGUUAUCCCAAUGUUCUCCGCAUUUGCCGAGAUCUUUGGUCGCAAAGCGAUGCUACUGACAGGACUAACACUCUUCAUCAUUGGCUCGCUCGUAACAGCUAUCGCUGGGGAUAUGGGUACAGCAUUGUUUGGACGUACUGUACAGGGUGUUGGUGCAGGUGGUGUAUUCGUACUCUCAGAUCUCAUCAUCACGGACCUUGUGUCGCCUUUGGACAAGCGGCGAUGGUCAGCUGUCCUCGGCUUGGUUUGGGCCGUUGGCGCAUUGACCGGUCCCGCAGUUGGCGAGGCUCUCGCUGAACAAUCGCAAUGGCGUUGGAUUUUCUGGUUAAAUCUCCCGUUCUGCAUUAGCUCGCUAUUGGUUCUCGCGUUCUUUGCAAAGUUGAAGUCUACAAAGUAUGGUUCGAAAGUUUAUGAACUAAAGCAGAUCGAUUGGGUGGGAUUCAUACUCAUGACAGGUUCGCUUGUCGCAAUGCUCUUGGGCAUCAGCUGGGGAGGCACUACGUACGCGUGGUCCAGCCCGCGAACGCUCAUACCUAUCCAAUUCGGCCUAAUUGGAAUCGUCUUGUAUUGCGUCUGGUCCUGGUUCGCACCCUUCCAGUCCAUGAUCUCUAUUGAUGGCUUCAUGAACUGCACGAGCAUCGGGAUGUAUAUCGGCACGACGGUACAAGGUUGCAUCAUCGGCGCCUAUGUUUUCUUCAUGCCUCUGUACUUCGGCGUCGCCGAAGCCGGCAUGAAAGAUGUACCUGCCGGAGUACGCUGGUUUCCCUGGACCAUUCCGCUGGCCAUCAUCAUCCUCGUGACGUUCGUCGUAAUCAGCAAAUGGAACGCCUGGAUCUACGCUAUUUGGCUGGGCUGGCUCCUCGUCUUGUUCGGCGUCGCGAUGACCACAUUCUACACGCGUACCUCAGCAGAUGGGAAAUGGAUAUCCAUUGCUAUCGUCUCUGGCACCGGGAUUGGCAUCUUGUUCCCGAGUUUGCACACUGCGUCCGAGCUUAUCGCCAGUCGCGAGAGAGACGACGAGCGACAACGGCGGGCAGUUACGAAUUCUUCCUACUUCCAUUAUCUUGGCAAAGCCUUUGGUGUCGGGCUGGCUACUUGUGUAUUCCAGAAUAGGCUGCUGCACCAGUUGGACGCCAGCGAGAUAUAUCACAACUUCGCAAAGGAGUACGUGGUUGAAUCCGUCUCCCUCCUCGUCCGCAUCCGAGCCACGCCUGGCGGACCGGGCUCGGCCAAAAUCCAGAUCGCGGACAUGUAUGUACAGUCAUUGAAGAGCGUGUGGAUUUUGAUGGCAGUCCUAGCAGGUGUCGCACUGUUAGCCAGUUGCUUCAUGAUGCCUAAGAUCCCGAAGGAGGAGAAGGAAGCCGAGAUGAAGAAUCUAGACGGAAGCUACGUGGUGUAAUUGAAUGACUUAAUUACCGCGUAAUUCGGAGGCUUGAAUGUUGCUGGAGUUUUGUUUUGGUUUGGCGGUCGUGUUCGGAAGCAUUUACAGGCGCGUCGGAUAUACCCUUCCUUUAUUAUACCGUUCUCUGAAG